UUGAAUUUCAUCUUCAAAGUGUAAAGUUCUGUGCGUUGUGCAAAGUAAAAAUUUUUAGUUGAAGUGACAUUUUAUGUGAUUAGACUGUUUUUGUGGUUUUAGAGUAUUUUUCGGUGCGAAUAAUUAUAAAAAAAGAUUGGAUUUAGCAGUAUGGAAGAACUGGACGUCAACAAUCUUUGUGAUUUCUUGAAGAACAACGGUUUUAGUGAGCACACUUUAAAUAAAAUCAAAGAUAAUUUGAAGGCUCUACUGGUUUUGCCUGAGAUGCUGCCCACGACAAAUUUCACAAAAAAGGGAAUCAAAAGGGCCCGAGUUGAGGAAACUAUUUUGAAUGGAACAUCAGGUUUUGAGAUUCCCAAAAAAGAUCUCAUACGAUUUGUUAAGAGCGAAAUAAACAUCGAGGAGUUCAUUGAACAAGUUUCAAAAGCAACUCAAGGCAGGAACCAGCCAUACAUCUUAUGUCUUCAAUCGGAGGCUGGAGAUAAAUCUUUUUUAAUUGCCGACAGCCACAAAAUUGAAAUGGCCGACAAUGGAUCUCCACUAGCAGCGUUUGACACACUUUUUUAAAUGCAUUAUGUCAUGAAUGUUUGUUACGCGAAUUCACUGAAUAUUCACUGAACAGAGAUUCACAGUGAACAUUAGAGUGGUCCAAAAUCAUACUUCUUGACAUUUUUUUUCGAAUAGAGGACAUGCCAUCCCCUCAUUUUGUGAGGUUCUUGUGAAAAAAACCUCUAACAAGGUACGUACUCCAAGUGUCCCUCGCUGAUUUGGUUCUUCUCUCUUCGUGUUGUAGUACUAGAAAAACUAAGCGAGAUGUACUUCUUUUUAUAUGCGAAAACAAACUUUGAGGAGGUGAAACAGCCCCUCAAAGAUUGGGGUCUCAAGUGUCGAUUGUAUAGUUUUGUGUAUAAAAAAUAAAUUCAUUUCCAUCAAACCACCCCUACGUAUAUUUAAAGUUGUGCUAAAAAUGUUUAAAUUCACAGGAAAAAAUUUAAAAUAAUAUAUUUUGCACUU